ACCGGAAAAAGAAAGCUUUGAAGGCUUUCGAACUGAAGCAAAACGGCACUCACUACUCCCUCGUCAACGCCUUUGUCUUCUACCUCGCUUCCUUCUCUUUUUUCCCCUUUUUUUCUUCCUCUCCUCCCUCUCUGAAUUCCUUGUUCCGUUGUGCCUUCUCUCUCUCUCUCGCUCUCUCUCGUGCGCUUGUACUACUUCUGAAGCCGCAAGGUCAGAAGAGAGGAUCCACCUUUGAGUUCGAUUUUCGGUGACUCGGGUCCUUCCGCCGCGGGGGAUUUGAGCGUUUUCCUUGAGAAAAUUGAGCUUCUUCCAGAGUGUUUUUUUGUGUGUGUGUGUGUGUUUUCUCUUGAGAGAUUCGUGCCAAGGAUGUCGCCUUCGAUCCAUUUUCUUGGGUAGUCGAAUUGCAGUCCUAUAUAGCGUCAAAGAAUCCAACUUUGACUUCUCCUUGGUGGCUCCUUCUCUGUGUUGUCGAGGAGACAAUUUGAUCUUUAUUUAAUUGGGUUGGAUGCUUGUUCACGUUGAGUAGUUGGUAAGGGUAGCAGAAGACACCAUCAUUCCUGGUGAUUUUGGUGCUUCUCUGAAUAAUUGGGGGUCAAAUUAGCCAUCUUCAGUUUUUACUUCUCAAUUCAAUUGGGAGGAUUUGGUGAAUUUUAGUGGCAGGGCAGAGCUUCCUUCAAUCCUCCCUCCUCGUUUUUAUGGAUUUGGGUGGUUGGGGGUAUCUUAACUUUAUCCUUGCUGCAAAAGGGCUAUAAACUUGGGAGUUCCUGUGAGAUAUUCCUUUCUUGGGAGGAUUUGAUCUUGAUCCUGUUGGUUUCUGGUGAGUUGGUUGAGAUGAAAGGAGUACUAUGCUAACUCUUCGAGGAAAGAACAGUACAGUCGGCACUACUCUGAGGAAAAACUGACACUUCUGUGCUUUCCUUUGGAGGACUGUGCUCUGUUCCUCCAAAGAAUUUGUGUAAAAAGGGUGGUAGUUCAGAAUUUUCUUUGCACGGGAGAAGCUGAAUUCCGCCUUGCAGAUCUGAAUUGCUGAUGGCGCACCCUGAAAUUCCUGCAUUUGGGGAUUGGGAAACCACAGGAAACACCCCUUACACACAAAAGUUUGAGGAUGCACGGAAGAACAAGAAAACAGGAAUUCCUACACAACCAAAUGAUCCAAGGAGGAACCCGGAACAUCCUCGAAAGUCGCCUUUGCAUCCAACGACCUACAAAACCGAUCCUCAAGACCAGGGUCCAAGGAACCCACCACAUCGACCGAGACCUGGAACUGACCACCAACGACACUCUGACCGGCCUACUCACCGUGAGCCUGCACCACGAAGACAAGCAAAUCCUCAGAGAGAACAAGAGAGUAAUGCUGGGGCACCAAGGAGCCCCUACAGAACAGCUGUUGGGUCUGCUUCACCAAUGCAGCCAAACAACCAAUCAAAGCCAAAGCACAGGUUGACUGGAAUGCAGACUCCAGAGAGGAGGCCAUCCUCAGAGGGGCAUGGCCAGCAUACACCUGGAAGGAGCAGGAUGAAGCAGGGUGGCUAUGAGCCUGAAGAAGAAGUGGCUGUACCACCCUUUGGCGAAUGGGAUGAUGCAAAUGCAGCAUCAGGUGAAAAGUACACUGGUAUCUUCAACAGGGUAAGGGACGAUAGGUUGUCACCUACCUCUUCAGCUAGGCAACCAUCUACCACUCGUAGUGAGGAGAAUAAGGUGCAACAGAAAUGUUCUUGUUGCAUACUUUGAGAAAAUGAGGACAGGAUCUCAAAGAGUUCUGGACAACUUCCUAUGCUGCUUCUGUAAUGAGAUCCCUAUCUUGUAACUCUUCCUGUGCUAGUUGUGAUGUAUGUUAUUGCUGGUGUGAUUAUUGAUCUGUAAUUUGAUUGAUCCAUUUAAGCUCUUCACUUACAAGGAACAUAUAUAUGAUACCAUUUAGAUUUGUAAAGUAUGGAGUGAGCAAUUUCCUUGUGAUAAUAAAAGGUUUAUGGAAUGGACUCUAGAAUUCCAUAGUUAAUGUG